CAGCUCUUUUUAAAACUUGUCAAUGUGUUGUGCAUCUCAAUGGCAAUUUUUUCCAAGAUAUCGCCGUUGCCUUAACUACAGUUACAGUGUGUACAGUCUUUAUAACCAAAACCAAUCUUCUGGCUGGCUAUAACGACUGAAAGUGCCGACAUUUGCUGGAAUUACGAGAGCAGGUCGCUUAUUUUAUUAUCAUGCUGUUCAAACUAAAGCUCAUCUUGAUGGUAACAACAUCACAAUUUUACUUAACUGUUGCGGGGUGUAACAUUCCUCUUAUUCAAAAUCUUCCCAAAAGGCGUUUUUCUGCCACUUCAUUGAAGGAGGACGCGUUUAAUCUCCGUUUCACUCCGGGCACGCCCUGGUGCCCGGCAGAACGCCCACCCCUAGAAGCUGACUAUGCGAAAGAGUACGUCCUAGUGGACUUGGGAUGCCCGCGAUCAAUUUGUACGGUGGAGUCUAAAGAUGAGAACUUGAUGACUUAUUCUGGCGAGUAUUCCAUCGACAAAAAAAAUUGGAAGAAGUUGUCUACAAAUGAUACUACUCACUAUUAUAUGGAGGAGUUUGAUGCAAACUAUAAGGCACUCAUCACUCCUCCAGUCACAGCUCGUUUCUUUAGAUUCCAUUUGCUCAUGUGUUUUUGGAGCGAAGAAAAGAAAUCCCGUCCUUGUGGUAAAGUAGAGCUCUACAGUGAUGCAGGUUUAGAUCCAGAUGACUCAACAGAACCAAUGGGGUGCUUCAUUGAGCAAACCUCCAAGAAAGAUCGUCUUCUUCCUGUGGUUUAUCAUACAGUUGGAGGCAAAAUCGUGAAGAAGCUCCCAGAUAUUUUGGCCAUAUACAAGGAGUGCCGACAAAAUGCCGAAGAUCAUGUGGAAAUUUUUGGUAUCUUGAACUUUAAACAUUGUGUUACAACCCAAAGCGGCAAAGAGGAAGGUUAUUUCAACAGCGCUAGGAAAUCUCGCAAAUGCAACAGCUGUUACGGCAAAGGCAUUGGGACUGGAAAAAAGGCAGUGUUCGUCUACAAAAUAAAUCUGUAGUGACAUAAACUAUUAUUGCUAUGGGACUCGUCAUCAUCAAAAGAAUAUCAACUGGUUUUCGCUUCUCAUUAUUUUUUUUUGCCUUAUUUAUUAUUUAUUUAUUUAUUUAUUGCAUUAUUGAUUGGUUGUGUCACAAUAGAAUUUACCUGAUCCCCUUAAGGCUGCGUUACAUUCUUAUCAUCAGUCAUCCCUCUUUGGCAGUUAAUUGGUAAUUAAAUUUUCAUGGUCCCCCCCUU